AUGGAGGCCAACAAAUCGAGCAGCACCCAGGAUCAGGCGGUGGCGACUACGCCUGCUGUGGAGCAGACGAAGCCUGCCACCCCUAAACACGAAUUUUCCAUCGAUCUGUUGAACAUGACAAAGGCAGCCCAGAUCCAGCAUGGCCUGCGUCAUGGGGACUACGCGCGCUACAGGCAGUACUGCGCUCGUAGACUCACGCGAUUGCGCAAGACUCUGGGCUUCACCCACGGCAAGGGCCGUUUCACCCAGAAGCGAUUGAAUGUACAGCAGGUCACCCAACAAAAGCAUCUGCUGCUCCCCUUGAUGAGCGCCGAGAGGUCGUGGAGUCUUGCGAUGGAGCUGAAGGAGCAGCAGGACAACCCGCGCGCCCGAUUCCACAUGCUGCGCCGGCUCAAGAAGGCGGUCAAGUCGUGCAACGAGCUGGUCGCCCUCUGCGCCGAGACGGCCGACGACAAGACCAAGCUCGAGGCCGAGGCCUACGCCUCCUGGAUGACCGGCAACCUCCGCCUCGAGGAGGAGGACUGGGCUCAGGCCCUCGACAGCUUCACCCGCGCCAGGACGAUCUACGACAACCUGAGCAAGGUGGGCGAUGCCGACACCCAGGAGACGUUCAAGGUGCGGGUGCAGGAGAUCGACCCCACGAUCCGAUUCUGCAACUACAACCUCUCCCAAGGCGAGGACCUCAGCGGCAUCCGCGGCACCGCUGCCGCCCAGGGCGCCUCCUCCGACGUGCUCCUCCAGGCCAAGCUCGACAAAGUCCUCACCGACCUCAGGAAGAAGCAAGGCGAGGCCAUGCGGGAGGUGACCUGGAAUGGCAAGACCGUGCCCAUCAAGAAUGACAAGCUGCGGGAGCUGGUCCUGUCGGCGCAGGACAAUAUCUUUGAGAUCGAGAAGCUGGACUCGCUGGAGGCCAAGCUGGAGCUCUACGACAAGACGUUCAUCAUCUACAACGACGCGCUCAACAUCCUCCGGGACGAGCUGCGGCAGUUCCAGGGCUCCAAGAAGAACGUCAAGACUGAGAGCCAGGAGUCGGACCUGCGCUUCCUCUUUGACUUUGUGAGCCACACCAAGCUCUCCCGCACCGUCGACCGUAACCUGCUCCUCGUCUCCUCGCUCACGGGCAAGGCCGAAACCAAAGAUCCCAAGCAGAGGACGCCCGGCCCGAAGGAGAUCAUCAAGCUGUACGACACCAUCAUCCAGAACGUGAACGAAAUGAGCGAACUGAGGGACUCGGAGGACGAGGAGUAUCACAAGAGCAUCGCCGCCAAGCUCCUCACAUUCAAGGCCUUCAGGUGCUUCUAUGUGGCCCAUUCGUACUAUAACGCCUCCAAGUGGCCCGAGACGCUGGCCCUCCUCCAGCGAACAAUCGACUACACCAAGUCGGCCCUCGACCAUCACGACAAAUGCUCGCCUCCCUCCACCGAGGACAUCAAGUCACUCAAGGUUCUGCAGGGAAGGGUCAAGGGCAAGCGUGCGGCCUCGCAGGCCAAGGCGUUUGCCGAGUCGCAGCCGCAGGCCGAGACGCAAACCGACGCGGCCGGCGACAAGGAGAAGACGACGAAGGAGGGGCAGGCCGUGCUCAACCUGGACGCGUUCGAUCUGGACCCGCGCAGGGUCAAGGAGGGCAACCUCAUCGACUUCCCGCCCGACUUCGAGGCCAUCCCGUGCAAGCCCGUCCUCUUCGAUCUGGCGCUCUCGGCCGUCGAGUUCCCCGACCUCAGCGAGAGGAGGAAGACCAAGGCCAAGGGCUUCUUUGGCUUCUGGAGGUCGUAG